AUGAGUCAAUGGACUGACAUGGAGACUGAAGACUCUGCAGUUUCUACUAAAAGUCAAAACCCUUUGCAGCAACAACGUAAUAACAGACAGGAGAGAAAAAAUUAUUCACAAGUAUACAGCAAUAAAUUUUUUCCAAAUGCUCGUUAUCAAUUCGUUGAUUUUCUCGGAGGGGUUGAUUACACCUUCUCACAAGAUAAAGGAGUAGUCUUUAAUCGAGUUAUAUCGUUCUUUCGCGAUAUCACAAAUACCAUAGAAUUAACCAAGGGAAUUAUACAUUUCAAGCUUGCCGUUGAACAAAACCUCAAUGGAUUUGGCGUGAGAAUCAUCGAGGCCGAAAAGUCGUUGAAACCUCCCAGAAAAACUCUAAACUGUAUUUCUUGUGAUGUCGAAUCCGAGACAAAUAAAGCUUCGAUGUUGGAUUAUCCACCAACCGUAAAGGAAGACAUGAAACUUCACAAUAUUUGGAUUGAUGCUAAAGCGAGAUCGAUGUUCAUUAUAACACCUAUUCGUCACGUAGAAAGACUAUCUGAAUGCACAGAUGAAGAAGUGUUCUCAAUGUUUUCUCUCGCCAUCCAAAUUCUUUAUGAAGAGAUGAGGGCUUCAGACGCACCAUGGAGACAGUUGAGGUUUGAAAGGAUGGUUUUGAAUCAUGGAAACUCGAGAAAUGUAGAACAUUUACACUUAAAAAUUAGAGUACCCCCCGAUGAUUUUGAAUAUUACAUGAAUCAUGGAUGGAACGAUGCAAAGAAACAAAAAUACUCGAUUUUAGCAAGUGGUCUAUAUAAGAGGGAUGAAAGAUUGAAAAAAAUAUGUUAG